AUGGCAAUCAAUAGUAGCCAUACCACAACAUCCGAGAAAACUCUCGAUCGGAGCGAACAGUUUUGGAGACGUGAAUUCAAGGACUUUUCAGCAACGAUAUACCCCGUGGUCUCUUCGCUUUACAAGCCAUCGACUCUCAAAAUACUCACCGAGAAUAUCGAUCUUGCAUGUGGUGAACUUGAUCCUGUCUCGGCCGGGGCAGCGUUGGCCCUGGCAUGGGGUCUCGUUCUGUCUCGGUACACUGGCAACGAUGAUGUUAUUUUCGGCCUUGGUCUUGAAUCAAAAAGCAAUGAUUUUUCCGACACGCCGGUAUUGCCUUUACGGCUGUUGGUCGACCCUCAGCAAUCAGCGAUGGAAGCGCUUAACAACACUGAAACCAAAAUCAUGGACCGGUCUACAUUCGGUGUAUCCUCAACCCGAGAGUUAUCCGAGUUAGGUGGAGAAAUAGCAGCAGGGUGUCAGUUCAUGAACAUCCUCAACAUCCGACAAGGGCAACAAAACCAUCCCAAUGCCUUACAAAGCAACGAAGCGCACAAUGUGCCCCUUGUGAUCCAUUGUGAGAUCCGAACAAACGGUGUAGAUGUAGAGGCCCUGGUGGAUCCUUCUACAAUUCCCGUCGAAACGACACGCAUGAUGUUGCACCAGCUAGGCCAUUCUUUCCGGGCUACUCUUAAUCGUCGCUCUCGGGAUACCCUUGUUGGCGAUCUCAGGUCUGUUUGUCCCCAAGGCUUGGCCGAUCUGAUGGAGAGAGGAGUCCAGCCGCCUUCUCCCUUGGUGCAUGCCCGUGUGCACGAUCUCGUCGUAGCACAAUGCCAAUCUAGCCCAUUAGCGCCAGCUAUCGCUGCUUGGGAUGGCCAUUUGACCUACCACGAGCUUGAUCAGUUUUCUUCCCGCCUUGCAACGAAGCUCGCAAAGCUCAAAUUGAUACAGCCUGACAAGAUAGUACCUGUUUUAAUGGAGAGAUCGGUGUGGGUUUCGGUUGCUAUUCUCGGUAUCUUGAAGGCGGGGGGCGCUUUUCUUCUAAUGGACGUCUCUUUUACGGACGACCAUGUGAAGCAGAUUUGUGCAAAGAUUCAACCUCCGCUUGUUCUGACAUCUGGCCGCCAAGAGGAUCGCGCAAGAUCGCUGGAUACACCUUUUUUGGUGGUGGGAGACAAGGCACUGUCGGCUGAUGAUGAAGGAAAUGGUACAUAUCUUCAGUCCGAUUACGUACAACCAUCGGACGCAUGCCAUGGUCUUUUUACUUCUGGGUCCAGCGGGGAUCCUAAAAUCGUCGUCAUAGAUCACGCCGCGGUAUGCACUGCCUGGGCACAACCGACAGCCACCCAACUCACGCUUUCAUCAUCAUCUCGGGUCUUACAAUCUGGCUCCCAUGCAUUUGGUGCGUGUGUUGUAGAGUACCUUGGGGCCAUGGUACAUGGGGCUUGUUUAUGUAUAGCUCCAGAUUUGGGUCCAGGGAAUGAUGCAGUAGAAGCCAUUCAGAAGUUUAACGCCAAUUUCAUCACCCUGACCCCAUCUGCAUCUCGUCUCCUAGAUCCAAACCAGGUCCCCUCCCUCCAAGUUGUGGUUCUAGCUGGCGAGGCGCUGGGUCCCCUUGAUCUGGAGAAAUGGCAAGGACGAGUGCAAUUGAAAUGCAUGUAUGGCUUGGCGGAGACUGCAGCAUUCUCCUUGCUCGCCGAUCUGACCACACCUAACUCAAACUACCGAGAGAUUGGAGUGCCGACUCACACAUGGAAUUGUUGGAUUGUAGACACCAACAAUGUCGAAGAUCUGGUACCCCCUGGUGGAGUAGGGGAGCUGCUGUUGGAAGGGCCCAGUCUAGGACGGGGUUAUCUUGAUGAUCCUGCUCGUACGGCCCAGACUUUCAUUCCGACCCCUUCCUGGCUCAUGCAAAUUCGACCCGUGGCAUCACAUGAUUCUCGCUGCUUGAAGACAGGGGACCUCGUUCGCUACUCUCCCAGCGGGACAAUUGAGUACAUCCGCCGAAAGGACGUAACUGAAGUCAAGAUCCGAGGACAGCGAAUGGACCUAACGGACGUUGAAAGACACCUCGCGCGACAGUAUCCCACGGCGACUCGAGUAGCCGUGGAUGUAAUCAUUCCGUCAGAUGAUGUCUGCCAUAAUCGUACCAUGCUGGUCGGCUUCGUCUAUACGGAGCCCCCACAGCACGGUGUGGAAAACGAAAACGAUGAGAUAUUUGCUCGCUCGACAAUCGAGAGUCGAGAAAAGGUAGCCACCGUCCUCUCCACCCUGAAAGAAGUACUUCCUACAUUCAUGGUACCCGACGUCGUUGUGACUGUCAACCGAAUCCCAAUGACAACUUCGGGCAAGCUACACCGCGAUCGACUACGCCGUCUAGCCUCAGCAUUGCCUCGCAGAGCUUUACUGGCCCAUGGCAACAUUCCAUUCUCUGAGACUGAUAGGCACUCUGAGAGGCUUGUUGAGUGA